AUGGCUCCUUUUGUUAGCCGUGGUGGUCCUCGCGGCGGUGCUCGCGGCGGUGCCCGUGGAGGUGGCCGCGGAGGCUUUGGUGGUGGUCGCGGCGGUGCUGCUGGUGGUCGUGGCGGUUUCGGUGGUCGUGGCGGUUUUGGUGAUCGAGGUGGCCGUGGUGGUGGUCGCGGCGGUCCUGCUCGCGGCGGUGCCCGUGGCGGUCGCGGUGGUCGCGGCGGUGCCCGCGGCGGUGCUGGCGGCCAGAAGGGCGGUUCCAAGGUCAUCAUUGAGCCUCAUCGUCACGCCGGUGUUUUCGUCGUCCGUGGCGGCAAGGAGGACGGCAUUGCUACCCGCAACUUGACGCCUGGCGAGUCCGUCUACGGCGAGAAGCGCAUCUCGGUCGACGAGUCCGUCCAGAACGACGACGGCACGACGACGACGACCAAGGUUGAGUACCGCAUGUGGAACCCCUUCCGCAGCAAGCUGUGCGCUGCCAUUGCCGGCGGUGCCGACGACAUCUACAUGAAGCCCGGCUCCCGCGUCCUCUACAUCGGUGGUGCCUCCGGUACCUCGGUCUCCCACGUCGCCGACCUGGUCGGUCCUACCGGCUACGUCUACGCCGUCGAGUUCUCGUCCCGCUCCGGCCGUGACCUCAUCGCCAUGGCCUCCAAGCGCCCCAACGUCGUCCCCAUCGUCGAGGACGCACGUCAGCCCGCCCGCUACCGCAUGAUUGUCCCCAUGGUCGACGUCAUCUUCGCCGACGUUGCCCAGCCCGACCAGGCCCGUAUCGUUGCCAUGAACGCCAACUGGUUCCUCAAGGUUGGCGGUGGUGUCCUCAUCUCCAUCAAGGCCAACUGUAUCGAUUCCACCGCCCCUGCGGCCGAGGUUUUCGCCAGCGAGGUGCAAAAGAUGCGCGCAGAGGCCAUCAAGCCCAAGUUCCAGCUCACUCUUGAACCCUUCGAGCGUGAUCACUGUCUGGUUGCCGGUGAAUAUACCCGUGUCAAGAACUAA